CGCGCGCAUUCCAGUGUUAGGAAUUUUUUUAAUUAAGCGAUGAGAAAAGACACCAAAGUUUUCUUAAUAAGAACUGCUCUGUUCUUUAUAUAUCUGUGGGCUGGUGCUGCAGUAUUUAUGGCCCUCGAAAGCGACAGAAGUGGCGCGAAAACUAUCGAUGGAAAAGACAUUCUUCGUCUACGCCAACUAAAUACAACGCAGCGAUUCAAAAUGAACGAAGAAGACUUCCUCGAAAUGGUGUCCGACAUAUCUCGUACAAUAUCGGCAAGCCAAACAAAUAACUGGGGUAUAUUUCAUGGUGUCACAUUUGCGACUCAUCUAUUAACCACUAUUGGCUAUGGGAAUUUGACGCCAAAAACCGAAGCAGGACAAAUUUUCAGUAUUUUCUACGGCCUAUUUGGCAUCCCCCUUACUCUAAUGAUGCUAAGAGCAAUGGGCCUAUUCUACAACUACUACAUCAAGAAACUUAUCAUACUAAUCGAGACGAAAUGCCUCAAGCGUACGGAAGUGAAAGGUCUCGAAGGGAAGGUCUGCUUGGGCGACAUAACCGUCGCUAUCAUUUACCUUUUUCUUGCGUCAGCGGUUUCGUGCGUGCAGCACAAUUGGACUCUUACCCAGUCCAUGUACGCUUGGUUUAUCACCAUGACAACGGUUGGCUUCGGAGAUCUGAUUCCUAUUCAGCAAAUGACAAACACGAUGGAACUGAUGCUUGGGUUGUGUUUCAUGUCGGGGUUGCUGGAUGCUGUGGCUAUCUAUGCAGAGAAAACUGACUUUAAUAAGGCGUUGAAGUGCCGCGGGAUCUGUUGUCGUAACCGCGGGACGGUCCCGCAAGCUAAAGAGGAGGAUGAGGCUCCUCGGCAAAAGCUCAACGGGUACUGGGAACCAGUGAAGCACGUGGCUUGUCAAACGGAUGAACAAGUCCAAGUAGUAGAGUUUUAGUAGAGUUUUAACAGUUAACUGUACAUACCCGCCUCUCAGACAGUAGGUUUUCCUAGUUACCGAGAACCAUGCUGAUGUGCGAUGUGCAAUCAAGUAUUUCUUUGGUUUGUCGCUUGGUUGGCUAAUGAAUUUCAUGGAAUGUCAGAAAAAAUUGUGCGUUUUCGCAUCUUUAUUGAGUUUGAUUGCUUUACUUUACUGUCAAGGAAGCCACCAGGGGUGUGAGGUAUUUGUAGAUUUGCAGAUUACACGAGAGCACAUAAGCACAGAAGUUCAAUUUAAUUCUACCAGUGGAUAAGCUACGGGGUGCUCCCCCCCUUUUCUACCGCCUAAAAUCGGGUCAUAUUUUAUUAAAGGAAUGUUAAUUAUUAUCGUUUUGCAUAUAAUAUCAAUGAUUUGGCACCCGCCAUCUGCAAUUCGUUUUACGCGCCUGUCUUCAUUAAGCCCCGUGCAAACUGCGCCAGCACCGGCUAGCAUUGCUGGCGAAUUCUUGCUCGACUGACCACAAGAAAAAGGAAAUGUCAUAAAGUCCAUUUCCCAUUUUGACAUUUCCUUUUACCUAUAGUCAUUCCAGCGAAAAUACCCAAAUUGAACAACGAUCUUAAUCAAUUAUUAAUGGACAAGCACAAGAAGGCGUUAAUAUUUAAUGAUCAAAUUCUUAUGAAUUCUAAGGUAUGAUUUAUGAGAGGUCAAUCUGCAAAACGGGAAAAGCAAUUUUACGACGCUCCUAAAUUUAGGAGCAUAACAUUGGCCAAAGUAGCAAGUGGCCAAAGUUCUUCGAAAGUACAUGUUCCUUGUCAAAAGUUAAGAGUUAAAAUAUAGCUUUUCUUAGGGCGGUUUUAGAGUGAUAUUCACUGCAUACUUACAGUUGAAAAUGUCCUCGAGCUUUACUUAGUCGAGGAUCGAAAUCAACCAAUCACAGUACAGUGUAGCUUGGUGCACGCUGAAUGUAUGGCAAAUGUGUAGAAUGUGUAUGUCUAGCGGAAACUGUUAUCUCGUCAAGGUCUUUUCAAGGUGAAAAGAAAGUGCAAUAUAGUUUAAAAAGUCAAUAAAUCUCAAUGUGUAUAGUACUUAUGAUAUAUAAUGCAUUUAUACGACUCU